CACACAGCAGUUCUUCAUCGCCCGAGUUCAAGAUGGCUUCGUCGUUUUGGAAAGGUGUUGUUGGCGUCGGACUUUUUGCCUUAGCUCAUGCAGCUUUUUCAGCAGCACAGCAUCGAUCGUAUAUGCGUCUCACAGAGAAGGAAAACGAAACUCUACCAAUUGAUAUUGUACUACAGACGUUAUUAUCGUUUGUGAUGACCUGUUAUGGUAUUGUCCACAUCGCUGGAGAGUUCAAAGACAUGGACGCCUCCUCAGAGCUGAAAAACAAAACAUUUGAUACACUGAGGAACCAUCCAUCCUUUUACCUUUUCAAUCACCGGGGUCGAGUGUUAUUCCGCUCACCAGAGGAAGAGAUCUCCUCUGCACGCAACCAGCAAGCUCUUCCCAACCCCAUACGGCUACGCAAACUGGAGCAUUUGCACUGAGACUGGCCAUUCCUGCCUGUAAUGUCAAUGUUAGAGAAAAAAAUGUUUUUGUUAGACAGAGGGACCGAGUGAGAUUUCAUCGUCCUCUUAUUUAAUUUGUAUUUGUACAUAAACUAAUAUGCUGUCUGAACAUGCAUCUCUGUCCAUGAAAAUGGUCACCAUCACCAUACCCUUCACUGACUGUGCCAACCCUUCAGUUUUUCAAGCAGAGUUGUUUGUAUAUACAGUAUGUAAUUGCUUUGGAGUCUUAAGAUACAGAGACAUCUAUCCAUUUUGUCUUUUUUUUUCAGCUGAUUUGGGAUAUUGGGAACCUUUGUAUGAGGGGCAUAAGAACACCUGUUUGUUACAGUUUCAUUACAAGUACGCAUCAGUCUGCAGCAGCUGUCUGGAUUUUUAGCCAACUCAGCUGAACAGAGGGCCCUUUAUUUCUGUAAUGAUUUCCUGGAACUGUAAAGGCUUAUUUCUACAUCCUGUAUGCAAUAAAGAGGUUUGAUUUAUGCCACAGGGAACCAAGUGGAGGAGCAGAAGGUAUUAGACAGCAGUGCUAAUGAAACUGUGAACGCUAAAGCUAAGUAGAAUGGUACAUUGAUUUGGGUGAUCCCCCCCUUCCCCUUUCAUUUUACAUUUUGUUAAGAUUUUUAAUUUAAUAAAGCAUAAUGAUUUUAUGACA